AUUGGUCAAGGAAAAAGUGAUGUAUGAAAAAGAGGCAAAACAACAAGAAGAAAAGAUUGAAAAAAUGAAGGCUGAAGACAGUGAAAACUAUGCCAUUAAGAAGCAGGCAGAGAUCUUGCAAGAGUCCCGGAUGAUGAUCCCAGAUUGCCAGCGAAGGUUGGAAGCUGCAUAUGCCGAUCUUCUGCAGUUAUUGGAAAGUGAAAAAGACCUGGAAGAAGCUGAAGAAUUUAAAGAGGCGCGUUUAGUACUGGACUCUGUGAAGUUAGAAGCCUGACGGUUCUCUGUAUGGGGGUUUCUGCCUUAUAUUCUGAGAUCCAUUCCACAGUUUAUUAUUUCUCACCACUGCUGUGUUAUGUUCAAGUUGAAUGGAAAUGUGAUUCUUUUUAUGCAGUUGAAUAUAUUUUGUUGGCCUAAUCUAAGGUUUCAAAUAAAUCAGUUCAUCUAAUAAAAUUGUUUAUUUCAUA